AUGCCGCCUAGACGAGGUCGCACCGCUAGAAGAAAUGCUAACAAUGAUAGAAAUCAAAAUGAUGAACCUGAGGUACCACGAAACGACAGGGAACCAACCCCACCCCCUCCACCCCCUGCCAGAAGGAUUGAGGAACUAUUCCUCCGACAGAAUCCGCCCACAUUCAAUGGAAUGGGCGACCCAGCCGAAGCUGAGGCUUGGGUACGCGCAUUGGAGCGCAUCUUCACUUUUCUUCGCUGCACGGAAGAGGAGCGACUCUCGUGCGUGUCUUUCCAGUUAACGGGAGCGGCUGACUUUUGGUGGGAAGCCCGCCGAAAGACACUGACUCCCGAGCAAUGGGCAGCCUACACAUGGGAAAACUUUAAGACUGGGUUAUACGAUAAGUAUAUUCCCAAAAGCUACAGGAAGAAGAAAGAGGCUGAGUUCUACAACCUGAGGCAAGGGAAGAGGACAGUGAUGGAAUACGACAGGGAAUUCUCUAGUCAUGGUGGACUCUCCUACACCGAGUCCCUGAACAGGGCACUGGACGUCGAAGCUGCGAUGCCAGUGGAAAGGUUGGCCCCGCCACAAACUUCAGCGCCAGCCAACCUACCUGUACGUCCUCAGAACUUCAAAGGGAAGCGCAACUGGAACAACCAAGGAGGGAGUGAGAACCCGACUAACAAGAAGCCAUGGCAAGGAGGUGCGCCGUCCUGGCAAGGAGGUGCGCCGUCAUGGCAAGGGAGUGCGCCGUUUGGACAGUUUCAGCCACAAGGACAAGGGAAGCAAAAGGGUCUUGCCCCGGCCGGAGGCAACCAAAGACAGAACGAAGUACCCCCUUGUCCAAAAUGCAACAAACCACAUCGUGGUGUUUGUAGGGCUGGAACUGACGGUUGCUAUACGUGUGGCCAGAAGGGUCACUACUCCUCUCAGUGCCCCAACAGACAGCAGGGCGCUGCAAUUAGGGCCACUUAUGCCCAACCCCUCCGAGCAGUUCCAGGGCAACAGCAACCCCGCCAACAAUAG